GCUCCGUCACACACUGGCCCGCACUGCGCGUGGGCUUCGGUUGACUUUGUUUUUAUUUUUCACGCGCCGAAAAAUUUUUUUCGCUCCGACUGCCCUUCGACUCGCUCUCCAAUCAAAUUCUAAUUGUUCCGUGUACUACUCGUUCGCCGCCUAUACACGCAAUAAAAAGCAACAAACGACUACAAUAAAAAGACUCGCCGCGACCUACUUUUGAAAAAGAGAGAGAGAGAGAGAGAGAGAGAGAGAGAGAGAGAGUGCGCGCGUGUGCGUGCCACCUGUAAAUAGAUAGCGCCAAAACCCGCCUGCGUGCUUAAUUAGACGGUGCAGCCCGUCAGCAUGGGCCUUCGAUUUUGCUGUCGCAUUAAUUAUCUUGGGAAUAAUGAUCCAACGAGAAAAAUGCAAACGAAAUGGUGAGAGGACAGUUUUGAGGUUUCGAGCUCUCUUCGUCUUUCUACGUCGUUCGAAUGUACGAGCAGACAUGAUAAAAGCUCAAUAAUGACAGAUGUACUAUCGGACAGAGGUACUUCUUACUUGGAUUCAGACUGCAAGCAUGACAUUCCCAUCAUCACGCAACCGACGACGAGAGGCGGUCUCAGAGUUUACAAAAUUGUAAUACUCGGCGAAGGAGGCGUUGGGAAAUCAGCUGUUACUCUUCAAUUCGUCAGUCACAGCUUCCCGAGCGAUCAUGACCCGACAAUCGAGGACUCGUAUCAACAGCAAGCGGUCAUCGACGGAGAAGCUGCUCUCCUCGACAUCCUGGACACAGCUGGCCAGGUCGAAUUUACAGCGAUGCGAGACCAGUACAUGCGCUGCGGCGAGGGUUUCAUGAUCUGCUAUUCCGUGACGAAUCGUCACAGCUUCGACGAAGUCAUCGAGUAUCGCAAACUGAUAUCGCGAGUUCGUGCUAACGAAGACACUCCGAUGGUGCUCGUGGGCAACAAAUUCGAUUUGCAGCUUCAGAGAGAGGUGACGACAGACGAAGGCAGAGCGCUCGCGAGCCAGCUCGGCUGUCCGUUUUACGAGACGUCCGCGGCGCUUCGCCAGUUCAUCGACGACUCGUUCUACUCACUGGUGAGGCAAAUACGGAUGAAAGAGAGGUCGCGAACGACAGGUCCGCGAAAGCAUAGCCGCUGGUGGAGGAUACGAUCGAUCUUUGCGUUUAUCUUCCGUAAGAAACGGCUGAACAAUCCACAUGAUUCACCCUGAAUACAAUAGACGGCAACUAUUUUAGCGUGUGAAACGUGUGUAAUGUAGCGCGAGAAACACAACGAAACCUUACCAAAUUGAAUGAGUCUUCCCGAAUGACGGUGAUACACACCAUGUGGUCAUGUGUAACUUUCUCGCAUUUAUUCGGUUCUCGUAGGCGCUGGUCACCUGCGACGUACGAUCCCUUUUAUAUAGAUAUCUUUUGCCCUCGUUGACGAAAUGGUUUGUAAUUUUUUAUAUAGAGUUUAUUCACGUGUAUGAAUUAUAUUCGAAAUGAGAAUUUAUAUUGUUGAUUGGAAUUAACUUCGUUAUCGAAAGUAUUCGAGAAAUACUCUUGUUUUUGCUAAUGACGGAACUCCUUUUUACGGAUGCUUACAAGUUAUGAAAUCUAUUUUUUUACGAAGCGAGGAGAAGGUAAAAAUGAAGUUGGCACCCCUUGAAUGCAGUAUUUGUAAUAAACUUUUUUGUCCGAAUGACAGAAACCAAACGGCCUUUAAUUGCAUGUGUAAACAUUACAUAAUUCUAGGGGUCUUGUGUAUUAUUUAGGAUUACCCAAUGUGGACGUAAUAAUCGACGUAAUAAUUGUAUCUAGUCGCUAUAAUAUAAACAUGUCCUAGUCAAAGCCUUGCAUUUCGUCCAGUUCUUCCAAUUCUGAACAUUGCUUUUAUUUAUGCUACGGCAUUCAUCAAACAUCGAAUAUUCCAUUUUUUGUAUCCAUUAAUUCUUUUAAAUCAUUUAGUUAUUAUAUAUUUAUUAAUUCUAAGAAGAAAUUUAUAAAGCGUUAGGAAACGAUUGCAUUUAAUUUUAUGUAAGAUAUUAAGUUAGUUUGAGUUAUAAUCGUAAUGAGAUGAAUAUUCUAAUCUGAUAUAGACGAGAAAUAACUAUAGAAAAUUUUUAUUUUUG